AUUUUAUAACCUAUCUUUUUGACGCUGUGAUCGUCCGCUGAGCGCUGAUUUGCUCCCUACAAAUUACUAAUAUACAAGUAAUACAACACGAACACACUCUGUCGUUUAGAAUACGUUCGUUCACUACAUUUAUCGUCGUCGACCAUUUUGCAAAUUUUGCGAGCACCCGUUUCGUGUCAAAACAGACUUAAAAGUAAGUAUUUAUUUUUUUUGUCGAUUAAUAAUAUUACUCGCGUUUGAUCUUAAUUCACGCAAUCGUUUUUAUCUUUGUCCCGUCCAUUAAUCUUCUCCCCCGUUCUCGGCAAACGCGAGUACCACGUGUAUAAUACUUUUAUUUUGAGGUUCCGAGUCCGAUAAAUCGCUUUAAUAAUACCGAAAAUAUAAAUUGUUACUCAGCAAUUUAUUUUAAAAAUUUAAAACCUAUUUCGAAUCGUUGCUCACCUCUGACCAAUAAUUUCUCCCAUAACCGCAAGCGGUAAACAGUUUUGUGAUUAUUAAUUAAUAAUAUUAUAUUGUGUGGUUUAUGUGAGAAUAGAGUAUUCUGUAUAAAAUUUAUCUAAUUUGUUCACGUAAUUAAUUCUAACGUUUUUACCUAAUUGAUAGGUAUCUUAUUAGAUAAAAUUAAAAAAAUCGCAUUAAAAAUAAAAAAUAAUAACUAAUAUUAUAUCACUACUCUUUCUAAUGUUUGACAUCUUAGUGCUCACUAAUUUAUCAAGUAUCUAAAAGUUACCUAACGACUUUUAAUAAAUCUGUCUAUGUGAUGAUUAUUUAAACACCAUCUUUCGACUGAAAGUUAUGAUUUUACAAACUUUAUUUACUGAUGAUGACACUAAUGCUUAAAUGAGUUUUAUUUUAUAUAAUGCAAUAUUAAGUAUAUAAUUUCUACUGAUUUAUUUAUACAUAGUCCCGAAUAUUAUUAAAUGAUGAUAUUAUUUCUAUUAACCAUCUUUCGGGUCUGAAACCUGAUGCCAUUUAUAUAUUCUGAUAAUAGUAUUUGGUUCGAUUAAUAUUUUUUUAUGAUGAUUCACAUUAUAUUUACAAACCAUCUUUCGGGUCUGAAUCUUGAUGCUACUGUGUUUACUGAAAUUAAUAAAUCCGUGAGUCGUGUUCUAAUACAUGUUUGAAUAUAAUUGUUUUACUGAACUUAGUGUGGUGGAGAUAAAUAUAUUUUUAUAAUUGACCAUUUUAUUAUUUUUUGUAUGCAAAUAAUUCUUCCAUUUUAUAUGAUGAUAUUACUUUUAUUAACCAUCUUUCGGUAUGUUAUUAAAUAAAAUAAAAAAAAUCACAUUAAAAAUAUAAAAUAAUAACUAAUAUUAUAUCACUACUCUUUCUAAUGUUUGACAUCUUAGUGGUCACUAAUUUAUCAAGUAUCUAAAAGUUACUUAACGACUUAAUAAAUCUGUCUACGUGAUGAUUAUUUAAACACCAUCUUUCGACUGAAAGUUAUGAUUUUACAAAUUUUAUUUACUGAUGAUGACACUAAUGCUUAAAUGAGUUUUAUAUAAUGCAAUAUUAAGUAUAUAAUUUCUACUGAUUUAUUUAUACAUAGUCCCGAAUACUAUUAAAUGAUGAUAUUAUUUCUAUUAACCAUCUUUCGGGUCUGAAACCUGAUGCCAUUUAUAUAUUCUGAUAAUAGUAUUUGGUUCGAUUAAUAUUUUUUUAUGAUGAUUCACAUUAUAUUUACAAAUCAUCUUUCGGGUCUGAAUCUUGAUGCUACUGUGUUUACUGAAAUUAAUAAAUCCAUGAGUCGUGUUCUAAUACAUGUUUGAAUAUAAUUGUUUUACUGAACUUAGUGUGGUGGAGAUAAAUAUAUUUUUAUAAUUGACCAUUUUAUUAUUUUUUGUAUGCAAAUAAUUCUUCCAUUUUAUAUGAUGAUAUUAUUUCUAUUAACCAUCUUUCGGGUCUGAAACCUGAUGCCAUUUAUAUAUUCUGAUAAUAGUAUUUGGUUCGAUUAAUAUUUUUUUAUGAUGAUUCACAUUAUAUUUACAAAUCAUCUUUCGGGUCUGAAUCUUGAUGCUACUGUGUUUACUGAAAUUAAUAAAUCCGUGAGUCGUGUUCUAAAACAUGUUUGAAUAUAAUUGUUUUACUGAACUUAGUGUGGCGGAGAUAAAUAUAUUUUUUGUAUGCAAAUAAUUCUUCCAUUUUAUAUGAUGAUAUUAUUUCUAUUAACCAUCUUUCGGGUCUGAAACCUGAUGCCAUUUAUAUAUUCUGAUUUUAUUUUAUUUGGUUAACAUAAUAAUAAAUUAAUUAUUUACAUAUUUGGCAGAUUUAUCUGUUUGGGUAUUUUUAUAUAAAUACAUUGAUCAGAAAUUGGUAACUUACUGCAAAAGCAUUAACGGAUGUCCGGGGACAUUGCUUUGUAGCAACAAGCCUUCAAGCCCAUCUGUACACUAACAUUUUAUAUUUUUCCAUUUUCCAUUUUAUUAUAAAUGAUCCCUAUUGUUUAUACAUUAAUUUAUUAUGUUUGGUUUUUGUUAUCAAAUGAUAAAUAAUUUCAAUACCAUCUUUCGACUGAUAUUAUUUGAUUAUUAAUAUUUUCUGACAGUAAAAUAAUACACGAUUUGUUUUUCUAUUUUAUUAAAAACUAAAAAUGUAUCAUUAAUUUAUUGUUAUUUCAAAUUAUGGUUAUAACUUAUGUUUGGCAGACUUAUCUGAUUCAAUAUUUUACUUAAUAUAUUAUAUUGAUCAGAAAUUGGUAACUUACUGCAAAAGCAUUAACGGAUGUCCGGGGACAUUGCUUUGUAGCAACAAGCCUUCAAGCCCAUCUGUACACUACCAAUAUAAGUUGUAAUUUAUUGCCAUUUUAUAAUAAGUCUUUUUGUUUACAUAAUGUUAAUGAUGAAUAAUUCCAAUACCAUCUUUCGGCUGAUAUUAUUUGAUGAUUCAUAUUUUCUGAUAGUAAUAGUUAGAUAUGUUAAAAAGUCUUGUGUAUUUUAUUAUAAACUAAGAGUAACAUACUUUUCAUACUAAUAUUAAUAUUAUUUAUUUACUAUUUUAAUUAUAGUAAUAUAUCUAGCAGACUUAACUGAUACAAUGUUUUUUUUAAAUAUUAUAUUGAUCAGGAAUUGGUAACUUACUGCAAAAAUAUACACGGAUGUCCGGGGACAUUGCUUUAUAGUAACAAGCCUUCAAGCCCAUCUGUACAUUAACAAUAAUAAUGUAUAUUGGCAGUUUAUUGUAAGAGUUCACCCCUUGCUGUUAUUUUUACAUUAAUUCAUCUUUUAGUUGCUAAUGAUGAAUAAUUCUAAUACCAUCUUUCGGCUGAUAUUAUUUGAUGAUUAAUAUUUUCUGACAGCAAUUAUUUAGUAAUAUUAUAUUUUAUAUGAUUUAGUUUAUACUGAUUUAUUUUAGUAAAAAAUUUAUAAAUUUAAAUAUAUUUUACAUAUACAUACUAUGUAUUUUAUCUAUAGAAUAUUUUGAUUAUAUCUUAUAUCCAGCAGACUUGUUGAUACAAUGUUUUACUUUAAAUAUUAUAUUGAUCAGAAAUUGGUAACUUGCUGCAAAAGUAUACACGGAUGUCCGGGGACAUUGCUUUAUAGUAAUAAGCCUUCAAGCCCAUCUGUACAUUAACAAUAAUAAUGUUAAUCAUAUUAUUUUAUAUUGCCACUGAAUGGUAAGGGUCUCCUAUUGUUAUUUUUACAUCAAUUAAAUUAUUAAUUGCUAAUGAUGAAGACUAAUACCAUCUUUCGACUGACAUUAUUUGAUGAUUAAUAUUAUCUGAGAGCAAAUGUUGAGUAAUAAUGUAUUAUAUGUAUUUGUUUAUCCAGAUAUAUUUUAGCAUAAAAUGUAUAAAUAUUAUAUUUUAUUUGGUAUUAAGUAUAUUAACUGUUUAUUGAAUAUUUUGAUUAUAUUUUAAAUAAUAUCGUAGAUUUCUUAGUUAAUUACAUUUUUAAAUUGUAAAUAUUAUUGAUUUAAAAUGUAACUCUUUUACAGCAUAAAACAUUGCUUUACAAAAUAAGCCUUUAAGAGUUUCAGAAUCUAUUUGUACAUUUUAGCUAUACUUUUAAAAUUUGAAUGUAUGAUAAAUUACAUUUUAUAUUCAGUUAUCUAUUGAUUCCAAUUUAAUUGUUCACCCUAUCUUAUUAUUACUAUCUGAAGUAAACUAUCUAAUCAAAUGAUCCCUUAAACAUUAUUAUUAUUUAUGUUUUUGUUUUUUAUGUGCUAGAAUGCGUUACGUGGCCGCAUACCUCUUGGCUGCUUUCAGCGGAAAAGAACCAUCCAGUGAAGAUGUUGAAAAAAUUCUAAGCUCUGUUGGUAUAGAAUCUGACUCUGAAAAACUAGGAAUUGUUUUAAAACAACUUAAAGGAAAAAAUGUUGAUGAGCUUAUCGAAAGUGGUAAAUAUUGUUUUUAAUAUUUUUUAUUAUAAUAUUAUUUAUAUAUUACACUUGUAAUUGUCUGAGGAUUGUUAUCAAAUGAAAAUAAUGUACUUUUCAAGUUGUUUUUAUUAUUUAAACUUGCAUAGUUCUUCCUGUAUUUACUAAUUUUUUAAAAAUUAUUAUACCUAAUAUAAUAACUAUUUUGAAUAAAAUACUUAUUACUAUUUAAGAUGUUUCUUAGGCAGCACAUAUUAAUCAAUUUAUUACAAUAACUAAUUUAUUUUAUACCUGUCUAAGGCUCAUUCCUUUCUUUUGUGUAUAGGUAAGGCGAAAUUAGCCAGUGUACCUUCUGGAGUUGCUGUAGCAGCCCCAGCAGGAGCAGAAGCUCCCGCAGCCGCUGAAGAAAAGAAAGGUAAAGUAUAUUUUCUGUCUACUACUAGUUUUAAAUUUUUCUUGUUACCUAUAUUUCCUUUAUUAUAUUAAACAUUUUAUUAUUAAUUUUUUUUAGCUGAUAAAAAAGAAGAGAAGAAAGAAGAGUCAGAUAAUGAAUCUGAUGAUGACAUGGGCUUUGGACUGUUCAACUAAGAUUAAGACGUAAGUAUGAUAAACCUAAUAGCUGUUCACUUAUUUGAUAAGUUAUGCAGGCUCCAGCGGGUUAUUGUUAAAUAUAUAACAUAAACCUUCCUAAGGGUGUGCUAAAGAAAUCAUACAUUUGAUUUGAGUUAGUUUGUAUAAAAUAUAUAUUGACUAUUUAGGCAAAUGUUAACAUUGUUUGAAAGUUAAAUAUUUAAUUGACAUCAAAUAGUUUUAAACAAAAAUUACUACUUAAAAAUUGAAUUAAAUAUAAUUUUUAUAAAUAAAACCAAAUGUCUGCUAAAUUAUUAAAAUAGUUCUAAUCACUUUUUAGAUCAUGACUAGUGUCUUUGUGACUAAAAAUACUAUAAAUACUUAAAUCUAAUUGAAUUUUUUUUUUUCUAGGUUAUUCCUUCUCUUCAUUGAUCCUGACUAUUUUGUACACAUAUUAUGGAUGGUUCAAUAAAACAAUUAUUUUAAUUUGUAUGUGUUUAUUAUUUGUUUU